GCCGAGGAGCCGCCCGGGCCGGAGCCGCGCUGCGCGGAGCCGCACGUUAGACGCCCAUCUUGACGCUUUCCACUUAGCCGUUGGUCCGGGGGCGCCGCCGGUGGCCUUGGUGGCCUGGGGUGGGGGGAACUCGGCAGCUAGGCGGCAGAGCCGGCUUGCUGCUCCUUCCCCCCAGCCUGUCGGCUUUGCGGGCCGAAGCUUCGCGGGCUUCCCGAGCGGGCGCGAUGGCGUCUGCCUUGGAGACUGACCCCACUCUGCCGGCCGUGGCAAGCUGGGAAGACGGCGCCGACGAGGAGAUGCAGCCGGCGUGUCUGGGGCUCGAGUCCUCCGCACAAAAUGGCGGCGGCGGCGGAGGCCUCAGCAGCGCGGAGCCCGGCGGCGGCGCGGGGCCCGAGGACGCCCCGAGCCCUGGCCACGAGCUGCUUCCCGACUCCGUGGAGCCGGGCCUGGCCGCGCCGCCCAAAGGCCCGGAAGAGCCGGAAAGGCCCGUUAGGAGGACUUUUCAGAUCCCCAGGAAGAGCAGAGAAAAGAAAGCACUUUUUCAGCCAUUAACUCCAGGUUCUCGAGAAUUUGAAGAUGUUUUAAAUAUUCUUCAUUCAUCUUACCUUGAACAAACCUCAGUUACAAAUUUUAACUACAAACGGGCUUGCUUAAUACAUAAUGAGCUUUUGGAAAAGGAGUUUACAGAGAAGCGAAGAGAACUGAAGUUUGAUGGUCGUUUAGACAAGGAACUUUCAGAGUCCUAUGCAUUUCUCAUGGUUGAUCGGUAUCAGGUUCAAAGCAUAUGUGAAAAAGGAUUGCAGGUGGGCCAGUCUAAAAUAACGAUUCUUGGCAGUCCUUCCAUGGGUAUUUAUCUUUCUAGAUAUGCUGAUUUGUUGCAAGCUAAUCCUUUGGAAGCUGGGGCGAUAGGUGAUGUUGUUAUUUUUAAAAUAAUGAAGGGUAAAAUAAAGAGUGUAUAUGACCCCAUGAGUAUUAAAAGCUUGGAACCUAUGUUAAAUAAAAUUGCUUUGGAUCCAACACCAAAGCAUGAAUGUCAUGUGUCAAAGAAUGCCAGUAGAAUUACAUCCCUUUUGGCUUACAGAGCGUAUGAGCUUACUCAGUAUUAUUUUUAUGAAUAUGGCUUUGAUGAAUUAAGGCGGAGACCAAGACACGUUUGUCCAUAUGCAGUUGUAUCUUUUACUUACAAAGAUGACAUACAAACUCCCAAAUUUGUAUCUUCGUUAAGAUCUAACAGCUUUAAUGCAGAUAGAAACAUAGAUAAAUACAACUAUACCUUAUGGAAAGGACAGCUCUUAAAUAAAGGAAAGCUUCUGUGCUAUAUUUCUUUAAGGUCAUCUACUCGUGCAUUUUUGCCUAUCAAACUUCCUGAUAAGUUAGAUGUUGAAACAGUUAUGAGUAUUGAUCAUCUGAAACAGAAAAUUCCUCCAGCAUUGUUUUAUAAGGAAACCUACUUAGGUCCAAAUGAAGUUUUGAAGAAUGGAAUGUAUUGUAGCCUUUACGAAGUUGUAGAAAAGCCAAGAAUUGGAAGUAACUUGGAGAGUUUACUGCAAAAACUGGAGAAAGAAAAACUUGUUCUCGUUAAACCUUUGAGAGACCAAGGAUACCUAUUUCUUCUUUCUCCUUGGCAGAUGGUUCCUCCGUAUGAACAUCAUACAGUCAAGUCUCGAGUCCUACAUGCCCUAUUUCUAUUUCAAGAACCUAGAACCAUAAUUACUUCACAAAAAGGUCCAACCAAUGCAACACCACAGGAUAGGCAUGAGAGCUUGCCAGAUGUGUUGAAAAUAACUCAGUUCUUACAAUUUGCUUUGAUUCAGUGUCGAAAGGAAUUCAAAAAUAUAAAUACUAUAAAUUUCCAUUCUGUUGUUGAGAAGUAUGUAAGUGAAUUUUUUAAGCGAGGUUUUGGCUCAGGUAAACGAGAGUUUAUCAUGUUUUCUUAUGAUGCACGACUAGAUGAUAAAAAAUUCUUAUACUCAGCACCAAAAAAUAAGUCCCAUAUUGAUGACUGUUUGCAUACAUAUAUUUUUCAGCCUGAAAUGUAUCAGUUACCUAUUUUUAGAUUGAAAGAGCUAUUUGAAGAAAAUAGAAAACUUCAUCAGUUUAGUCCACUUGCAGAUUAUGAAGUUCAAGAAGAAGAAAUGAAUGGCACAAAAAUGAAAUUUAGAAAACGGAAUAAUUCAAGGAGUGACACUAUAAAACCUAGAAAGCAAAAGUCAUCUCAUUCUUUGGAUUAUGAUGAGGAUAGAGUCAAAGAAUUGAUUAACUUAAUUCAGUGUAGGAAAAAAAAUGUGGGUGGGGACUCAGACACUGAAGAUAAGAGAAGCAAAUCCGUCACGAAGAGGAAACUUGAGGAUCUACCUGAAAAUAUGAGAAAACUCGCCAAAACUAGUAAUUUACCUGAAAAUUGCCAUCUGUUUGAAGAGUUUCCAGAGCCUGUUGUCUUACUUGGACAUGACGGUGACUUGAGACUACAACAGCAAGAUACCUCUAACUCCAAUAAUUCUAACGUCAAUACAUUGUUUAAUUGGCUCUCAGAAACACUUGCAAAUGCACGCCAUUCUGAUGCAUCCCUGACAGACACAGUGAACAAAGCCUUAGGAUUGAGUACUGAUGAUGCUUGUGAAGAACUGAGACAUGAAUAUGAAUUAAACUGUACAGAAGAUAGGAAAGACUAUGUGCAGUCUACUUGUGCAAAAAUUGAAAGUGUGCAUUUUAAGAAUGCUCAGAGUCCACUGCUAGAAGUUGACACAUCUUUAAAGUUUCCUGUUACUAUUUCCACCAGUGAAGUAGGCACUGACCAUAAGCUACAUUUGAUAGAAGAUGCAAAUUUAACUAACGUCAGUAAUUUUGAAGAAUGCAGUUUGUGUCCCACUGAUCCCAUUGAACAUGGAUUCCACAGACAACAGUCUAAGUCAAAUGAUGUUGAAGAGACUGAAAUACACUGGAAAUUGAUUCCCAUUACAGGAGCAAAUGCAAGAAGUCCAGAAGACCAUAUCGGGAAACAUGGUGAGAAACAAGCACCAGGUAUGAAAUCGCCAGAAGAGCAACUGGUGUGUCUGCCACCACAGGAAACUUUUCCAAACGACCCGCGGGUAAUAAAUAGACAGAGAAGUUCUGAUUACCAGUUUCCAUCCUCUCCAUUUACAGACACACUAAAGAGCACCAAUGAGGAUGACAUAUUGACAGGUCAGGUGGUGACAGUUGAAGAACAGUGUGUGCCAGCAGCAGAGCCUCCAGCAAAGAGUGAAACUACAGAGAAUACAGUGUUAGGAGAGUUCAUUGUCUUUUCUAGGAAGAUAGAAGAGAUUCUGAAGCGAACGAAUGUUUCAUAUAUUAGUACAAUAUCUGCACCUGUCUGUACACCACAAAAGAAGAUGCAACAACUUUCUGAGUUUGUAUAUUCUAAGACUUCCAAAGCUGGUGUACAGGAGUUUGUAGAUGGUUUGCAUGAAAAACUAAGUACUAUUAUUAUUAAUGCAUCAGUCAAGGGUGGGAAUUUGCCUCCCAUCAAUCUUAAUGAUUCUGGUACCACAAUAACAUUCAAUACAAUGGGAAGGCAUGUCAUAUCAGUUUCCUCAAGUGACUUCAACAAUAAAGACCUCCUUGAGCCAUUUUGUAGUGAUGGAUUAAAAGACAUUGACUCUAAUGAACAACAUUCCUCUUCAACUUUGACUGAAAUAGAAAUGAACCAGCCACCUCAUGCUACAGAGCUAAUGAUGACUUCAGACCAUAUUGUACCUGGUGAUAUUGCUAGGGAACCAUUAGAAAAAGAAAUAACAAAAUCACCUAGUGAUAUAACUAUUUCUACCCCUCCAGCUCUUUCAAAUUUUAUAAGCCAGUUAGAGCCUGAAGUAUUUAAUAGUUUGGUUAAAAUCAUGAAAGAUGUCCAGAAAAAUACUGUGAAGUUUUAUAUUCAUGAAGAAGAAGAGUGUAUGCUCUCUAAAGAAAUAAAGGAAUAUCUUGUCAAAUUAGGCAAUACAGAAUGUCAUCCAGAACAGUUCUUGGAAAGAAGAUCAAAACUAGAUAAACUGUUGAUUAUUAUCCAAAAUGAAGACAUUGCAGGUUUCAUUCAUAAGGUACCUCGCUUGGUGACUUUAAAGAAACUCCCUUCUGUUAGUUUUGCUGGUGUUGAUAGUCUGGAUGAUGUUAAAAAUCAUACAUACAAUGAAUUAUUUGUAUCUGGAGGUUUUAUUGUAUCAGAUGAAUCAAUUCUAAAUCCAGAAGUUGUCACAGUUGAGAGCCUUCAAAUUUUUUUGACAUUCCUUGAAGAACUUAGCACUCCAGAAGGAAAAUGGCAGUGGAAAGUACACUGCAAGUUUCAGAAAAAACUGAAGGAACUGGGCAGGUUGAAUGCCAAAGCUCUUAGUCUGUUAACACUUCUGAAUGUGUAUCAGAAGAAACAUCUAGUUGAAAUUUUGUCAUAUCACAGUUGUGAUUCACAAACUCGAAAUGCUCCCGAAUUGGAUUGCCUUAUCAGACUUCAGGCUCAAAACAUACAACAACGACAUAUCAUCUUUUUAACAGAGAAGAAUAUCAAGAUAUUUUCCAGCUACCCAGAAAAUGGAAUAGUAGUUGCAACUACUGAAGACUUUAUGCAAAACUUCAAAAAUCUUGUGGGCUAUCACAACUUAAUCCCAGAAGAAAAUCUCCCAUCGCUUGGUGCUACUGAGAAUCUUGAGUCCCAGUCAGCUCUUUUAGAAAACGAUGAAAAGGACGAAGAGGAUAUGUCUCUGGAUUCAGGGGACGAAAUCUCACAUAUAGAAGUAUUCAGCAGUUUUCAUUCAGAAAUAUUGGCGAAAGAGACCAAAGGAUCAAGUGGAACAGAUCAGAAAAAGAAUAUUCAAAUUGAAUUGCAAUCGUCUCUUGACGUGCAAAAAAGUUUAUUAGAAGAUAAGACUUACCAAAUUGAUUGUGAAGAGAGAGCUCCUAUUCAUAUAGUUUGCGCUGAAGGAGAGGACAGCAAUUCAGAACAAGAUUCCUAUAGCCAUUCUUGGGUUUGUCACAAUGAAUUGAGUGUGUCCCAUCAGGUUAGUCAUUUUAAUGUUCUCACUCAUCAGACAUUCUUGGGAACACCAUAUGCCCUUUCAUCAAAUCAGUCUCAAGAAAAUGAAACAUUUUAUCUUCUUACAAAACGCUUCACUAGAGAGAAAUCUCCAUUAAGUUAAGGGGAAUAAAAUGAUUGUGCUUUUUUUUUUUUUAUAGGUUGUUGUGAACUUUGUUUCUUAAAAGUGAACUAACAAUUUAUACUUCAUUCUUUAAACAAAAGGUUAUCCUUUCUAAAAUGUUUUUCCCUCUUAUUUAAAUCAUGAUGGCCUGUAACAUCUGAAGCAUCUAAAACUGAAAUAAAUAUAUAUUUUUUAACAUAUUGUACUUGAAUUAUCUCACGUUGGCACGUUUUAUCUGUGGCACAUUUGUUACCCCGUAGUUGCACUUCAAAUUGAAGUCUGUUUUAUAUGUAAAAUUAGAUGUUAAUAGAAGUAAACAGCAAUGGCUUUACUUUUAUUUCCUCUCAUGGUAGAUUUUGCUGAAACAAAGUGUCAAUUAUUUAUUUUAGAUAAAGCCUUUGUAUAGUGUUUUUACACAGGUAUAAGCCGUUGAUGUUAAUAUUUAUAGGAUUUUGGCUCUAUACCUCAAGAUGUAUCUUUGUAACAGUGCAGUUUCAUCUAGGUAAUAAACUCAUGUACAUAAUA